AGCACUGGCGGCGAGCUUGCCGAAGGGUGAGGAAGUGAGUGUGUGUUACAAGUGAUUAAAAAAAAUAAUAUAAACCGCACCAGCAAUUUAAUUUGUCGUGCAUCAGAAAACUUUGUAUCCCACAUAAUCAACAGACAUUUCAAACAAACGAAUUGAAUUAACACUAAUCGACAAAAGAGCUACGAUAGUUCAGAAAAAAAGUUAUAAAUCUACGCACCGAGGCGGAGUAAUAUGAGUAAUGCAGCCAACCAAAAUGGAUCAGGUCUAGAGCAGCAGUUAGCUGGUCUGGACUUGCAGGGCUCCCGCCAACCGAGUGGGGCUCGCUACAUACCACCACAUUUACGCAAUAAGCCCAGCAACGGGCCAGCACCUGUGAGUGGUGAAAACACAACCCCGUUGGACUCACGAUCCUACUCUGAGCGUGAUCGUGGUGGGGGUCGUGAUUUAGAUAGCAACGAUCGAAACGAUCGCGAUCGAGGCUCCUACAGGGAUAGCCGAAACAAUCGUGACGUUGAUUUCGGUAAUUUUGGUGGUAGAAACAGGCGUUCACAGGAGAACGGUCGUGAUUAUUCACGUCGUGAUUACGGCAAUGACCGUUGGUCCGAUCAGCCCCAGCCCCAGCGCAAUGAUCGCUGGCAGGACAAUAGAAAUGAUAACCGGGGAAUGGGCGGUGGAGGCAGUAGAUGGAAGGACGAAUCAGAUCGGGGUGGUUCACGAGGGGGCAGAGGAGAGGUUGAUUGGACAAUUCCCACAGCAAAAGACGAACGUCUUGAGCUUGAGCUCUUUGGCAGUGGUAAUACAGGCAUUAAUUUUAGCAAAUAUGAGGAUAUACCUGUCGAGGCAACUGGUGAUAACAUCCCAUCACACAUCACAUCAUUCGAUGAAGUCAAGCUGACAGAAAUAAUAAAGAAUAGCAUAAGCUUGGCUGGUUACGAUACACCAACGCCAGUACAAAAAUACGCAAUACCAAUAAUAAUAAGUCGUCGUGAUGUUAUGGCAUGCGCUCAAACGGGCUCUGGUAAAACAGCUGCCUUUUUAGUGCCAAUACUUAAUCAGAUUUAUGAGAGUGGACCACGUCCACCACCACCAUCAGCUGGCACUGGUAGACGCAAGCAGUAUCCACUUGGUCUUGUAUUGGCACCAACCAGAGAAUUAGCAACACAGAUUUAUGAUGAAGCGAGAAAAUUUGCUUAUCGUUCACGCAUGCGUCCAGCUGUUGUCUAUGGUGGCUCCAAUAUUGGUGAACAAAUGCGAGAACUUGAUCGUGGCUGUCAUUUGCUGGUUGCUACACCAGGUAGGCUUGUUGAUAUGCUUGGUAGGGGCAAGAUUGGCCUUCAUAACUGCCGAUUUUUGGUCCUGGAUGAGGCUGAUCGCAUGUUGGACAUGGGUUUUGAGCCUCAGAUCAGGCGUAUUGUUGAGGAGGACACGAUGCCACCCACUGGUGAGAGACAGACUCUCAUGUUUUCAGCGACAUUUCCCAAGGAAAUUCAGAUGCUAGCUAGAGAUUUUCUCAGCAAUUACAUCUUCUUGGCGGUGGGAAGAGUGGGAUCGACUUCUGAAAACAUAACCCAGAAGAUUGUCUGGGUAGAGGAGCAUGAGAAACGAUCCUACUUGCUUGAUUUGCUCACCUCUAAUAAUUAUGUUGAUCCCAAUGAGGCCCUGACACUUGUUUUUGUGGAGACCAAGAAGGGAGCUGACAUGCUUGAGGAAUUUCUCCAUCAGGUGGGCUAUCCUGUCACCAGUAUUCAUGGCGACAGAACGCAGAGGGAGAGGGAGGAUGCUCUCAAGCGUUUCAGGGCUGGCAAAGCACCAAUUCUUGUUGCCACAGCUGUUGCUGCCAGGGGUCUUGAUAUUCCUCAUGUUAAGCAUGUCAUUAAUUUUGAUCUGCCUGGGGAUGUCGAGGAGUAUGUCCACAGGAUUGGGCGUACUGGGAGAAUGGGAAAUUUGGGGCUGGCAACUUCUUUCUUCAAUAGCAAGAAUCAUAAUUUGGUGAGAGAUUUGGUUUCACUGUUGGCGGAAGCCAAUCAGGAGCUUCCCCCCUGGCUGGAAAGUAUGUACUCGGAGGCGAGAAAUUCCGGGGGAGCUAGGAGACUUGGUGGCGGUACCAAAAGUAGUGGAGGAAGGUUCAGCAGUGGUUUUGGGGCCAGGGAUUAUCGACAGACACCCAACUCGGGUAUGCCUAGGAGCAAUGGGCCUUCUUCACGUCCAGGUGGUUUUGGAGGUGGUUAUGGGGGAGGCUACGGUGGUAACUACAACUCAUCAUACAACUCUACCAACAACGGUGGUGGCGGUGGUCCAGACUGGUGGGGAAAGUAAAUUAACUCUGACAAACAACCAUUUUUCGUGGCUAUCUCCUAUUUCAAUACCUUUAUUACAUUACUCUACAUGCAAAUUUAAUUAUAUUAAAAAAUAUAGUACGAAUGGUAAGAAGGCAGGAAAAUAAUAAAUGCGAAAAAAAUGAUAAAAUCGAUAUUUAAAGAAAAAAAGUAACAACGUAACAAAUCAUAACGUAAUGGGUGACAAGAUAGAUCAUCGAGUGUUAUGCUGUACAAACUGAUGAUUGACAAAACAAAAAUUAAUUAUUUGGGUAAUAGUGGCUCUCGUUGCCACUCGUAGAUUUGGUUUAUCUCAUGAAAUAUGAAUAUUCAAUGACCAAUUAAAUCGCUAUUACUUUUGUUGUUUUGAAAAAUCAAUUUCAUGAGUAGUGAAAGUGCAACACAAUACAAAUUACAAAUAGAGUAAUCAUUCAUCUUUUCAUUAUUAUAGAUAAAAAAAAAAUAUCACUGAUCGUUACUGUCGAUUAAUAACGAUCAAUGUGUAGUAGAUGAAAAUUUAGUUCAAUUUUCUAGGGACAUACCUUGAGACUUCAAGACUCGUUGUGGCUCUAUUAUUCUUAUUAAUCAAUUGUCAUUAUCACAUUUCAAUUAAUUUAUGAUUCUGCAAGGUGUGCUAAUUUUUUUUUUCGUGAUAAUGAUUCAGUUUUGUGGUAUGAUUCUCACUGAGCCUUUGUGGGUUUUCUUUUUUCUUGUAAAGUACAGGAUUUUUGCAUUUAAUGAGGACAAAACGAAAUAUUUACGAUGAAUUUGAAAAAAAAAAAUACAUGAUGUCGAUCAUACCUCCA